GGCUGAGCGCACCCGGGAGAAAAGUGCCCAAGCCAGUUGCUUUGCUGCUGUUGUCCCAGCUGUUGACGGGCCCCAGCUGGACGGGAGGCAGAGAUGGAGGAAGCCAGCGGUGGAGGUGGGAGCGAUCGGGUAAGGAGCCUCCAGAGUGAGGUAGAGGGGGUGAAGGACAUCAUGACUCAAAAUGUGGAGCGGAUCCUGGCUCGAGGAGAAAACCUGGACCAUCUUCGGAACAAGACGGAAGACCUGGAGGCCACAUCAGAACACUUCAAGACCACGUCGCAGAAGGUGGCCCGGAAAUUCUGGUGGAAAAAUGUGAAAAUGAUCAUUAUCAUCUGUGUGGUCGUGGCCGUCAUCAUCAUCCUGAUCAUCCUCUUUGCCACUAACACAAUCUAGAGGGCUUUAGUGCCUUCCUUCCUCUGACCUCCCUCAGCCUCCACACCAAUCUCUGCCUCCUCCUCCUCUUCCUCCUCCUCCCUGGGACAGCCCCCUUUCCUCUUCUCUCCCUCCCCUAAGUGGAAUGCUGCCCAGCCACCUCGUAGGUCCUUAUCUGUGGGCCCUCUGUCCUGCUCAGCCCCACCCGGUACUACUUAUGCAUGGGGAAGGGAAGAGAGGGAGGGUAGACCUUCGGGGCCCCAAGGCACUGGACUGUGGCUGAGUUUCAGGGGCCCUCUGCAUGUGCCAGCUGGUCUGUGUCCCCUGGAAUGCUGCUGGUGACCUGUAGGUAAUAAAGACCUUUCAGCGUCCUG